AUGGAGUCACCACCUUUGUUCGUUCGGUUUCUUUCCUUUCUCAUGUUGACGACGUUGUGCCAUGCUAUAGCAUUUACGCAGUCUUUUAACUCUUCUAUUCAACGAUGCCAUGAUGAUGAAAGCUUGGCCUUGCUGCAAUUCAAAAAUAGCUUCAACAUCUCUAGCUCUUGUUCUUAUUCAAAGCUUGAAUCAUGGAAGCUAAAUCAAGGCGUAAGAUCAGGUGAGUGUUGCUCAUGGGAUGGUGUGGAGUGCGAUGAGAAAACUAAUCAUGUCGUUAGCGUUGACCUAAGUGAGAGUUGUAUUUAUGGGUCGAUCAACUCCAACAGCACUCUCUUUCGCCUUGUCCAUUUUCAAAGACUUAAUCUUGGAAGCAACGACUUCAUCCACUCUCAAAUCCCAUCCGAAAUAGGCCAACUAUCGAGGUUAACUCAUCUCGACUCUUGCUUUUCUGGCUUUUCUGGCGAAAUCCCAGCUGGAAUCUCUAAUCUUUCAAGCUUGGUUUCCCUUGAUCUAUCUCGUAAUCUUGAUUUCAUUAGUUAUGAUGGAUUAUUGAAGCUCCGUCAGACUAGCUUUAGAGGUCUAGUUCAAAACAUGACCAAUUUCAAGGAACUUGAUCUAGAAUGCAUGGACAUUUCUUCAACGGUUCUCGCAAAUCUUUCAUCUUUGGAGUCUCUCCAUCUUUGUUGUUGUGAAUUGCACGGUGAAUUUCCGGCGAGCAUUUUCUGGCUUCCGAACUUAAAGAUAAUCAACUUAUGCGAAAAUAUAAAUCUAACAGGUUUUUUGCCUGACUUCCACCCGAGAAGUCACCUUGAAAGAUUGAGGCUCUUCUCAAUAAGUUUUUAUGGAAAAGUACCUCCUUCUAUUGGAAACCUUACUAAUCUUGAAAAUCAACUUACUGGUCCAAUCCCAUCCCAGAUUAACAAUCUCACCUCGCUAUCCUCGUUGUGCCUUUCAUCAAAUAAAUUGCAAGGUUCAAUUCCUAUCAAUUUCACUCGACUCAAUCAACUUGAAUUCCUUGAUCUUCAUUCAAAUACUUUAGCUGGGUCAUUGGAUCUAAGCUCAUUCUUUCAGCUCAACCAUGAUCUGUCUGUGUUGGAUUUGAGAAGAAACAAUUUUCAUGGAAUUAUUCCUGCAGCCUGUAGAGAUGAUUGUAAAUUGAGAAUGAUUAGCAUCAGUUACAAUCAAUUACAAGGACAAGUUCCAAAAUCAUUAGCCAAUUGUUCAUCGUUACAAUCAAAAACCCAAAACCAAAGGCUUCCCAAGUCUUCGAAUCAUCGACUUAUCCGGCAAUGUUUCGUCGGAAAGCUGCCAUCGGUGUACUUAGACAUGUGGGAAGCCAUGAAAACCAUCCAAGCAAACCACAUGACAUACAUGGGGGAAAAUAUGAGGCCCAAUUUCACAGACGUUGAUACCUACUAUGGGGAAUAUGAUUACUCAAUGACUAUGUUCAACAAAGGAGUGAAACUGGAAUACGACAAGAUUCAAGAUAUUUUCCUUGCCAUUGAUUUCUCCAACAACAGAUUUGAAGGAAAAAUCCCAGAAAUCAUUGGAAACCAUAAAGGGCUUAAUCUCCUCAACCUUUCAAACAACCUUCUCAAGGGUCACAUACCACCAUCUUUAGCAAGUUUGAGCUUAUUAGAGGGAUUAGAUCUUUCAAAGAACAAGCUUUCAGGAAAGAUACCUCCAGAGCUCGCUCAGCUCACUUUCCUUGCUUUCUUUAAUGUCUCUUACAAGGAGCUUGAAGGGCCAAUACCACAAGGGAAACAAUUUGAUACAUUUCAGAGCAAUCAAUAUGAGGGGAACUUGGGAUUAUAUGGAGCUCCUUUGACAAAGAAAUGUGAAGAUUUUGGGGACUCACCACCAUUUUUUCCAACUUCGGAUGAUGAAAGCAUAUCUCUGGAGUGCAAACCCUCAGAUUUACGCAGAUGCACUUAUUAUCAGACUAGAUCUGUGAGUACAAACUCUCAGCUAUUAUGA